AUGACAAGAAAGUUACUUGGAAAGUCAGCCUUUCAGCAGUUUAUGAAGAUGACAUUCUACGGUCAGUUUGUAGCGGAUCACAAGUCCAUCCAGCCUCUGAUUCAGAAGAAUGGUGCUUAUGGAGUGGGCUCCAUCCUGGACUACAGCGUUGAGGAGGACUUCACACAGCAGGAGGUGGAGACAAAAGAGAUGGACUCAGUUGUAUCCCACGUGGAUAAAGAAAGCUUAGGCGCGGACCGCAGAGAGAACAAGUACAAGGCUCACCGACAGUUUGGGGAUGGCCUAAGGGGAGAGACCGGCUCAAAGACAUACUUUUAUAAUGAUGAGGUCAAAUGUGACCAACACUUGGAGACGUUCCAUAGUUGUAUCAAACAUUUGGUACGCCCGCUGAUAUUCACGUCAUGCAGUAAGACUUGUCUUUAUAAAGAUGGGAUCUCAGUGGAUUGCUUCUCUGCCGUCAAGAUGACUUCACUGGGACGACCUCAGUUCUUGCUCCAGUUCUCUGAGGUGCUAGUGAAACUGAGGGUUUUUUUCAGCUUCCUUGCAGCCCAGCAGGGCAGAAAAGGAAAGACUCUGGAGCAAAGGCAGGAUUUGUCCAUACAUGAGUUUUUGACCAAACUCGGGGCAACAGGUGACAUUCAUGGUUGGUUCACAGCAGAGAAAGGAGGAUCUGGAAACAUUGACAUGCUGGACUUGAACAACCUGUUAGACGACAGAACAAAGACGCCAGAUCUGCUGAUCGUCCCAAAUGUAGAGUGGCUGGAGCCUCUACUCAGUAGGUUCACAGAAGAGGAGGAGAAACACAUGAACAUGAUGCUUCAGAGGCUGGAUGUACAGGCCAAGCAUGCGGAUGAGAACGGUGUUCGUCUGAUGGUGGAUGCGGAGCACGCCUACUUCCCGCCCGCAAUCAGGGGAGACGCAGAGCGCUACAACAGAGCGGCCAUUUUAUUGGAAACUGGAGAACAAUGUGGACCGCUUUCCGCUUGCGGCUGUGUAAUAUUGUCUCAAGUUGAGAGCGCCGCAGUCUACUUAACGUGGCUGUCAUGCCUGUACUUUGCAACGUGUCUAGACUGCAUCCUGGAUGAGAUUAGACUGAACAGAAACGCCAGUGUCAUGGUGGCUUCUCACAACGAGGACACUGUGAAGUGCACCCUCAGGAGGAUGAAUAAAUUGGGCCUCAUGCCCAGGGAGAACAAGGUUUACUUUGGAUAGCUGCUGGGCAUGUGAGACCAAAUCAGUUUCCCGUUGGGCCAAGCCGGUUUCCCGGAGUAUAAGUAUGUUCCCUAUGGGCCGGUGAACGAGAUGAUCGUAUACCUGUCCUAUCGUGCCCAGGAGAACAAGGGCUUCGUGAAAGGUUCCCGGAGGGAGCACGAGUUGCUGUGGAAGGAGCUGAAACGCAGGCUGGCCUCAGGGCAGGUCUUCUGCAGACCAGAGCCGGAGCUGUCUCUGUGUAGACCCUGCUGGUUCGCUGUCCCCUGCUCCCUGCCUCUCCCCCGGUGCUCUCUCUUGAAGUCGUCUCCUUUCUCUCUCUGUCUGUCUCGUUCUUAUUUUACUGACUAUUUGUUUGCUCUCUCGUUUCACCCCUCUCUUCCUCUUUUCAUCUCUCCCUCUUGCCCCUGGCCAUCUUACCCCCUCCCCUCUCUCCCCCACCAUGCUUUCUCUCUUCAUCGCUCUUGGCCUCUUCAUCUCUGUCUCUCGCUCUCAAUUCUCUCUCUGUAAGCGUUCCGCUUUGUGUCCUCUCAGCAUCCUCAGAGCCCUGCAUUCAUCAUACGGGCAUCUUUACUACUCUGAAAAGACUCCCUAAAACGUUAGGCUGGCCGAGUCCGCCCACCGCUUGCUGCUUUUUAUAGCUCUAUUUAU